AAUGAUAAUAAUUAUUGCAUUGACAAUGAAAAAGAAAAAUUAACUGAAAAUUCAACAAAUAUAAUUGUAAAUUCUUACAAUGAAUGUGAAGAAAAGCAAUCUUCAUCCAAUGAAUCUCAAAAUAAUGUGUUUAUUGGUAUUGAAGACUUAUCAAGUGAUGAUGAAGAAAUAGAUGACACAGACAAGGACAAAGAUUGUACACCUACCUUAUUAGAAUGCAAUGAAUCACUUGAAGACUUCCCCCUUGAUUUGGACCUUUUUCUCAACGAUGAAAAUAUUUUAAAUGACGAUGAUAUUACAGACAAUCCACCUAAUAUAUCAGAUUUUAAUUUUGAAAAAGCAGGAUGUUCUCCAGAAAAAUAUAAAUUGACCCGUUUUAGAGAAGUGCAUGGUUCAGGUAAUAAAAAUAUUUAUAACAUGUGUCCCAUACAGAUUUUUAAUAUGAUUAUGGGUAAUAUGUAUCAAAAAAUUGUAUUUGAAUCAAAUUUAUAUGCUGAACAACAUAAUAUAUCAUUAAACACCAACAUUGAAGAAUUAAAAGCUUUUCUGGGGUUACUGAUAUAUAUGGGUUAUCAUGAGCUACCAGGUAUUAGGCUGUAUUGGUCAAAUGAUCCAAAUUUUUAUUGUGAUCGAGUUGCAAAAGUAAUGCCAGUUAAACAAUUUUUAAAACUACUUCGCUGUAUUCAUCUUAAUGACAAUUCAAAAAUGCCACAAAGACAGUCUCAAGAGUUUGACAAGCUUUUUAAAAUUCGUCCCAUGCUAUCUCAUUUACAAGAAAAAUAUAAAACUAUGUACAAGCCUUCAAGACACCUUGCUGUGGAUGAAAGUAUGGUUGCUUUUAAAGGUCGUUCAUCAAUGAAGCAAUUUAUGCCAUUAAAACCAAUAAAACGAGGCUUUAAAGUUUGGGCUUUGGCUGACUCUCAGAGUGGAUUUUUGUUAAACUUUGACGUGUAUACCGGGAAAAAAUCAGACGGUAAUGUUGAAUAUGGUUUGGGAGAAAAUGUUGUUAUUUCGCUAACCGAUACGUUAAAAAAUAAAUUUUAUUGUAUUUAUUUUGACAAUUUUUUUACAAGUAUACCACUCAUAUCUAAACUUUUAAAUGGUGGUUUAUUUGCUUGUGGCACUUUUAGAGUGAAUAAAAAAUUUUACCCUAAACAUUUAAUGAAAAGUGAUAACAAAUAUAUGCCUGGUGACAUAGAGUAUGCACAAUCAAAAGACAUCAGUGUGAUGAGAUGGAAAGACAGGGGAGCAAAACCAGUUACAUUAAUUAGUAAUAUGCAUAAUGCAUCAGAGUCUACUAUAGUCAACAGAAAAAAUAAAAAAGGAGAGAAAAUUGCAGUGAAAUGUCCUGUAGGUAUAUCUGAUUACAACAAGCAUAUGGGUGGUGUGGACAAAUUCGACCAAUAUAUGGCUAAUUAUUCAAUAUCCCAAAAGUCUCGUCGUUGGUGGUUGAAGUUAUUUUAUUACAUGAUUGAUACUGCUGUUGUAAAUUCAUUUAUUUUAUACAAAGAAAGUUGCAAUACAAUGAAAAAAAAAUAUAUUAAUCAUUUGGAAUUCAGAUCAAGACUUACUGAUGAGCUUAUAAGUGAUUUUAGUUCUAGAAAAAACAGACUUCAUCACCUCAAGAUAGAAUUAUAAAAAAAAAAAUUAAAAUGUCCAUCAUAAGUCCAUCAUUUAAAAAUGUAGAACAUUUACCAAAAUUUAUAAGU